UUGCAAAUACGUUGAUGAACAGUAGAGAUGAGCAGUAGAGGGAUGAGCUCACGCAGAAACUUUCAGAACCGAAGGUUAGGUCGUCUUUAAAGUGUAUCCUUCCCGCCUGCCUCUUUUGAGUUAUUUUCCUAAAUACUUGAGACCUUUGGAAAUGCAGAAUUUUCAAAAGAUUAUCCUCGAAACAUCUGGUCCCAUCCCGGUGGAGUUAAUACGGGGAAUUGGAGAGUUCAAAAUUACCCACUGUGUAAUCUGGCUUGUCGUAUUAAGACAUAUUUCAAAUGCCCAUGAAGCCUCCCAUCACCAACAGCAGGCAGCGCAGAACAGCUUGCUGCCCCUCCUGAGUUCCGCUGUGGAGCCCCCUGAUCAGAAACCGUUGCUUCCAAUACCAAUAACUCAGAAAACUCAGGCUGCACCAGAAACAUUAAAAGAUGCCAUUGGGAUUAAAAAAGAAAAACCCAAAACUUCAUUUGUGUGCACUUACUGCAGUAAAGCAUUCAGGGACAGCUAUCACCUGAGGCGCCAUCAGUCCUGCCACACAGGGAUCAAGUUGGUGUCUCGGGCAAAGAAAACCCCCACCACAGUGGUUCCCCUCAUCUCCACCAUCGCUGGAGACAGCAGCCGAACUUCGUUGGUUUCAACUAUUGCAGGCAUCUUGUCAACAGUCACGACAUCGUCCUCGGGCACCAACCCUAGCAGCAGUGCCAGCACCACAGCAAUGCCUGUGCCCCAGUCAGUCAAGAAACCCAGUAAGCCUGUCAAGAAGAACCACGCCUGUGAGAUGUGCGGGAAGGCCUUCCGGGAUGUGUACCAUCUCAAUCGGCACAAGCUUUCCCAUUCGGACGAAAAGCCCUUUGAGUGUCCUAUUUGUAAUCAGCGCUUCAAGAGGAAGGACCGCAUGACUUACCAUGUGAGGUCUCAUGAAGGAGGCAUCACCAAACCCUAUACUUGCAGUGUUUGUGGGAAAGGCUUCUCAAGGCCUGAUCACCUAAGCUGUCACGUAAAACAUGUGCAUUCAACAGAAAGACCCUUCAAAUGCCAAACAUGCACUGCUGCCUUUGCCACCAAAGACAGACUACGAACACACAUGGUGCGCCAUGAAGGCAAGGUAUCAUGUAACAUCUGUGGGAAGCUCUUGAGUGCAGCGUACAUCACCAGCCACUUAAAGACACACGGGCAAAGCCAAAGUAUCAACUGUAAUACGUGUAAACAAGGCAUCAGCAAAACAUGCAUGAGUGAAGAAACCAGCAAUCAGAAGCAGCAGCAGCAGCAGCAACAGCAGCAGCAGCAGCAGCAGCAGCAGCAGCAGCAGCAUGUGACAAGCUGGCCAGGGAAGCAGGUAGAGACGCUGAGACUGUGGGAAGAAGCUGUCAAAGCAAGAAAGAAAGAAGCUGCCAACCUGUGCCAAACCUCCACGGCUGCUACGACACCUGUGACUCUCACAACUCCAUUCAAUAUAACGUCCUCUGUGUCGUCUGGGACUAUGUCAAACCCAGUCACAGUGGCAGCUGCAAUGAGCAUGAGAAGUCCAGUAAACGUUUCAAGUGCAGUUAAUAUAACCAGCCCGAUGAACAUAGGGCAUCCCGUAACCAUAACCAGUCCAUUAUCCAUGACCUCGCCUCUAACACUCACCACCCCAGUGAACCUCCCCACCCCUGUAACCGCCCCAGUGAACAUAGCACACCCUGUCACCAUCACAUCUCCAAUGAACUUGCCCACGCCUAUGACAUUAGCUGCUCCUCUCAAUAUAGCAAUGAGGCCUGUAGAAAGCAUGCCUUUUUUGCCCCAAGCUUUGCCUACAUCGCCACCUUGGUAAACAGUAUUAUGAAGUCAAAAUAUGGGUUAAAGUAAAUAUUUACCAGCAACUUACUUUUAGUUGAUUAAAGCAAAAAGCAGACUAUGAAAUUGGGAGGUUUUAUUACGUUAGUUAGUAAGAGUGUAGUAGCAUUUUGCUCCAAUUUGGCUGGGGUUCAGAGUAGGGAGUGCGUGUAACUUACUGCUGGACCACUUUAGUUUAACCAGAAACCCCCUCUACCUGACAGCAUUGCUUAAACAGGAUCAUAGCUGGCAAGGUGAGACGCCAGAAAUAAAGCCAAUCAUAAAACACAUUUCAAAAUGAAAAAAAAAAAGCAUUAUUUGUUUUUAAUUAUUAUUGUUUUAAUACAAUAAAAUCAUUUUAUUGUAAACACUAGCAGUUUUUCCCUCUAUGCCAGGUGGAUGGUUUUAACCUGAGGUUCUAGACCCGCAGACUGAGAGCUAGUGUCGAAUUGUCUGUGUUUUUCUGUUGGUCUGAGUAAAUAGAUGCAUUGUCAUAAUAAAAUGCAUUUCAGAGAAUAUGCAUUUUACCUUUGGGAAUAUGUUAAUUUCAGGCAGCAUUCCCUAUGGGAAAGGUGAUACCAGCUCUGAUAUGCAAAGCAUAUGAUAAUUUAUCAUUCUAACUUCAACAUAUAAUAGGGAUUGUGACCUGAUAUUUGGAGAUGUAAAUAUUGCUCAGCAUAUUAAUCCUGAUGGAAUAUAGCAUUGUAGUUGACUUUUUUUAAAAAAGAAAAAAAAAACUUAAAAAAAAAGAACCAAACAAAUUGUGUUUUGAUGAGAAAAAGCUGCAGCUGGCUGAGAAGUCAGGUGUGCACACAGCAGGCUCCUAACAGGCCAAAGCGGGUCCUGUUUAGGAGCAAAAGAACUUUGGAACAGUUAAAAUCUAUUGCUUUAAAUUGGAAGACAUUGGAGGCACUGGGAUGUGAUAUGCCCCUCUCUCUCCCAAUCAACGUCUGUUGGUGUUACAGCAGGCACAGAUGUGUUAGAUGCUCACUAGAGUUUAUGUCUUAUAUUAAAUUGUAUACAGUUUUUAUUCUAACCACUAACUAGGUAGUAUGCCCCUUCAGAACAAGCAGAGUGUAUCUUUCCCCCCUCCCCUUCUGUUUAAUCAAGUAUUGUGCAGAUUUGUUCAACUUUGUAAAUAUGGACAUCACUUUUUUUUUCCUUUAAAAAACAAAACACUUGUAUCCGCUUUCUGGAGUUUUCAGGGAUGCAGCUGUCUGCAUGCUCCAUGGAAACCCUGCAAUGAUUGUGCACGUUGAGACAUGUGCUUUUGUUUCUUAGCAGGAUGUUUUAUCCCUGUACAUACAGUAGAAACCAAAAGCUAGGGAAACAGAUACUUUCUACGCCAUCAUGCCGCACUUCAUGUUUUCAAAUAUUGUGUUAAAGAAAGAAGAGUUCAUUCAAACCAAGAUGCUG